GAAUCCAAAGCACACAUUCCCAUCACACACACCACCGCUCCGCUCCAUGUCGCACCACUACCCAUGCCUCCCUCCCCAGCUUCUUCCACCUCCUGCUCCCCUCGCCUACCCACAGCUGUUCACAUCACUCCCGCUCCUCGAGAACACCACUCCCUCCUACUAGUAGCUUCUCUCUCUCUCUCUUCUUCUUCCUCGCUUUGCUUGGGUUGGGUUGGAGCGGUGAGACGAGAGAUUGAGGGGAGGAGAGGAGAGGACAGCAGCUGCCCCUCGAUUCGAUUCUUGAGUGAUCAUCUUGGGCUUGGGCGUUGGCGCCAAUGCUCGCGCGGUGGCUGCUCGUGCUGCUCCUCUUGCUGCCUGUUUCUUGGUGUCAUCAAGAUCGGCAUGGCCGCCGCCAUUACCCGCGGCGGUGGAGGAGCAGCGGCAGUAGGAGGGAGCUGCACGAGCCGCUGUUCCCUCUCGAGAACGCGCCCGCGCUGCCACCGCCGCCGCCGCCGCCACCGGCGCCGUUCUUUCCGUUCUUGCCUGACUCCGCCCCGCCGCAGCUGCCACCGCCGGUGACCACGCCCGCUCCCGCCGGUGGCGCCGGAGAUGGUGGUACGGACGCAGGCGCCGCCGCCACCGGGGACGCGUCUUCGUCUUCGUCCUCGUCGGCGUCGCCGCACCCCACGGCGCCGGCGAACAUCUCGUACAUGGCCAUGCCCAUCUACCACUCCGCGCCGCUCCGCUCCUUCCUGUCGUCGCACCGCCUCCUCACCGUCCUCCUCCCGGUCGCCGCCGUCCUCGCCGCCGUGCUAGCCGCGGCGCUCGUCUACCUCCUCACGCGACGCCGCCGCUGCUCCAAGGGGGAGCCGCACGCGGCGCAUACGAAGGCCGUGCUGCUUUCCCCGGGGAACUCCACGGCGCUCUACGACGGCGACCACGACCAGCAUGGCCGGGGGUCCACCGCCACCGCAGCCUCCAGCGCCAGCUCGCCGGAACUCCGGCCGAUGCCGCCUCUACCCCGGCAGUUCCAGCAGACGAGGACGAGCAUGCCGUCAACUUCGCAAACCAUCCAUGAAGCCGGAGCAGAGGACAAGCGAGCGCCGCCACCGCAGAGUGUUCGACCGCCGCCGCCACCACCACCACCUCCUCCUCCGCCGCCAAUGCCGCCGAGAACGGACAACGCGAGCACGCAAGCAGCGCCCGCGCCUCCCCCGCCAUUGCCGCGAGCCGGCAACGGCAGCGGCUGGCUGCCACGGCGGUACACGGAGCGCGCCGCGCCGACGGUGAUCAGGGCCUCGGCGGGGGCAGUCCACCCGGAGGAGUCGCCGGCGCGCGCCUCGCCGGAGGAGAAGGCCGCCGACGCGGCCGCUCGGCCGAAGCUGAAGCCGCUGCACUGGGACAAGGUGCGGCCGGCGAGCUCCGGCCGGCCGACGGUGUGGGACCAGCUGAAGGCGAGCUCAUUCCGAGUGAACGAAGAGAUGAUCGAGACGCUCUUCGUCUCCAACUCGACGAGGAGAGCAUCCAAGAAUGGAGUCAAGGAGGCAAAUGCAGCUUGCUGCAACCAGGAGAACAAGGUGCUGGACCCGAAGAAAUCGCAGAACAUCGCGAUCAUGCUGAGGGCGCUCGACGCGACGAAGGAGGAAGUCUGCAAGGCUCUCCUGGAUGGCCAGGCAGAGAGCCUUGGAACUGAGCUGCUGGAGACACUUCUAAAGAUGGCUCCUAGCAGAGAAGAGGAAAUCAAGCUGAAGGAAUUCAGGGAGGAUGCCGUAUCUAAGCUCGGCCCUGCCGAAAGCUUCCUCAAGGCGGUGCUUGCGAUACCAUUUGCGUUCAAGAGGGUCGAAGCAAUGCUCUACAUCGCCAACUUCGAUUCGGAGGUUGACUACCUCAAGACCUCCUUCAAAACUCUUGAGGCAGCAUGUGAAGAGCUGAGGGGCAGCAGGUUGUUCCACAAGAUCUUAGAUGCAGUGCUGAAGACCGGUAACCGCAUGAACACUGGCACCAACCGCGGAAAUGCAAGCGCCUUCAAGCUUGAUGCCCUCCUCAAGUUAGUCGACGUAAAGGGUGCAGAUGGCAAGACAACCCUUCUGCAUUUUGUUAUCGAAGAGAUUGUCAAGUCCGAAGGUGCCAGCAUCUUGGCCACUGGCCAAACAUCCAACCAGGGGAGUGCCAUUGCAGAUGAUUUCCAGUGCAAGAAGGUUGGCCUCAGAAUUGUUGCUAGCCUUGGUGGUGAGCUCGGCAAUGUCAAGAAGGCAGCUGGAAUGGACUCAGACACACUGGCCAGCUGCGUUGCCAAGCUUUCUGCUGGUGUUAGCAAGAUCAGUGAGGCCCUGCAGCUGAACCAGCAGCUCGGUUCCGAUGAUCAUUGCAAGAGAUUCCGCGCCUCAAUCGGUGAGUUCCUGCAGAAGGCCGAAGCUGAGAUCACCGCAGUGCAGGCUCAGGAGAGCCUCGCCCUCUCCCUCGUCAGGGAGACGACCGAGUUCUUCCACGGUGACUCGGUGAAGGAGGAAGGGCACCCUCUGAGAAUCUUCAUGGUGGUGCGCGACUUCCUCACCGUUCUUGAUCAUGUCUGCAAGGAUGUCGGCAGGAUGAACGAAAGAACAGCGAUUGGAUCUUCGCUCCGGCUGGAGAAUGCACCUGUUCUUGCGAGGUUCAACGCAGUCCAACCCAGUAGCUCCGAGGAGGAGAGCUCAUCGUCCUAGCCGUUGGAGCCUGCAUGUUAUUGUCUGAAGAAAAGCAAUGCAGGCUAGGACUUUAGAAUCACAUAAGUAUUUUGUAACUGUAGCAGAUAAGUGUAGAUCAAAGUCUAUAUGUACUAGUACAUGAUUCAGCAUGCUAAGCAUCAUCCCAGCCAAUGGCCUACCAAAGGUGAAAGUGGCAUUGUACAUGAUUCAGCAUGCUAAGAAUCACUAGACAGGAGCUUUUGUGAUCAUGCUGAAUGCUUGAAUCUCGUGAUAAAAGUAAAGUACUCCUAGCAAUAGCCCCCUUUUAA